GAGGGGCGCGGGGCGAACUGGGGGAGGGAGGGGAGGGCAGCGGUGGAGAGGUCGGUCUGAGCCUCCGCCCGGGUGACGUGGCGCUCAUUCACCGCUUCCUCGUCCGCCCGCCACGUUGGCGUCCGCCCGCUGCUCAGCCACCCCCGAGCGUCUGCGGCGGAGGCCGUGGGACUCCCUGACACCGCUGUCACCGAGGAGACCCGGAGCUGUGGCAUCCCAUUUCUUAUGACUUCACCCUCCCAGCUUUAAAGGGUAGAGAAGCCCUUUCUAAAAACUCAACAGAAAAUGAACAAGUUCAAGGGACCCGUGACACUAAGGGAUGUUACUGUGGAAUUCACCAAGGCAGAAUGGGAGUUACUGACCCCAGCCCAGAAGUCCCUUUACAAGAAUGUGAUGCUGGAGAACUACCGUCACCUGCUUGCUGUGGGCUACCGCGUGGUUAAGCGGAGUGUGAUCUCCAAGCUGAAGCAAGGAAAAGAGCCAUGGGUAUCAGGAAGAGAACUUUCAAAUCGGAGUCGUGCUGACAAACAACAGAAUAUUUCUGACCCCAGGACCAAACACCAGGAACGUCAGGCUGGAAAUGCAAGGAAAGGAGAACUCAGCAAAUGUCGGAAAACUCCCACCCAGCAUGAGAGCUAUGACUGCAGCGAAUGUGGAAAGUCCUUCUGCCAGAAGUCUUCCCUCACCGUGCACCAGGAAACACACACCAAGAAGUCCCACGAGUGUGAGAAGUGUAGGCAAUCUUUCUAUACAAAUGAAGAGCUUACAAUACACCAGAAAGUUCACACCAGAGAAAAAACCUACCCAUGUAAAGAAUGUAACAAAAUUUUCUACCACCUGUCAUCCCUCACUAGACAUCUGAGAAUCCAUGCAGGGGAGAAACCCUACGAAUGUAGCCAGUGUGAUAAAUCAUUCUAUCAGAAGCCACAUCUCACUGAACAUCAGAAAACACACACAGGAGAGAAACCUUUUGAGUGUAAGGAGUGUGGGAAGUUCUUCUAUGUGAAGGCAUACCUCCUGGUGCAUCAAAAGACACACACAGGGGAGAAACCUUUUCAGUGUAAGGAGUGUGGGAAAUUCUUUUCCCAAAAGUCGCACCUCACAGUCCACCAGCGAACACACACAGGGGAGAAACCCUAUAAAUGUAAGGAAUGUGGGAAACUCUUCUCUAGGAAUUCACACCUCAAAACCCACCAGAGAACCCACACAGGAGAGAAACCCUACAAGUGUAAGGAAUGUGGGAACUGCUUCUACCAGAAGUCAGCCCUCACUGUACAUCAGCGAACUCACACUGGGGAGAAGCCGUUCGAAUGUAGUAAGUGUGGGAAAACAUUUUACUAUAAGUCAGACCUCACCAAACACGAGAGAAAACACACUGGGGAGAAGCCCUAUGAAUGUACGGAGUGUGGCAAGUCUUUCUCUGUGAACUCGGUCCUCAGAUUGCAUGAAAGAACCCACACGGGGGAGAAGCCCUAUGAGUGUGACAUAUGUGGGAAAUCCUUCUCCCAGAAGUCACAUUUUGUCAUACAUCAGAGAAAACAUACGGGGGAGAAGCCCUAUGAGUGCCAGGAGUGUGGGGAAAACUUUAUCCAGAGGUCACAACUCAAUGCACAUCAGAAGACACAUGCCAAGAAGGGGAAAACUAGCAAAUAGUGUGAGUUCAGAGCCCCGGCCAUAACUCAUCCUUCUGUUGUAAUCCACACAGAAAGAGAACCUUCUAAGUAUCGAGAAAAACAACUGUCAGCCGUGUUUUUCUCUUAUAGAAUUAUCGGCACAUGUACAGAAGGAAAUUCUGUGAUGUUAUUAGGAAGGACUUUACAGUAUGGUCAACAGGUGACAUAAACUGUGAAAAUUAUAAAGCAUGAAAGAUAACAUGGGGCAGAAAUCCAGUAAGCAAAAGUUCAGAUGUUUCUGUCAUAGCAUCUAGCCCCAUCCAGAGUCCACAGUGAGGACCUCUCAUGGGUAUCCAAGCACUCAGAAGUCUUCACACACAGCUGCACUUGUCUUAAAAAGAUUGAGGGGAAUUAGGGUACAGAUUGCAACAGAUAUGGAAGCCUCAUUAGGAACACAUCCAUCACUGAAUGUUAAUUAUAUUAAUACUUUAAUCAUACCUAUGUAGGCAUUUUCAAUAUUUGAGAUAUUUUUAAGAAAAAUUGAAGGAAUUUACCUUGAAGUCAGCAGUCACACUGUAAGUCAUGUUGCUAGUUCCAAGAUUGAUUUUCCUUCCUAAACGAGCAAGCAACAAAACCAGAAACCAACAGCUCUCGAGUAUAUCAAGCUACUUAAAAGAACAAAAGUAAUCAGGAAACACCAUUAAACAAAAAAGUGCUUUUGAUACGUAUGGAGUAGGUGUGUGGGGGUAUCAACAAAACAGAUUUGCAAGUGUGUGACUUGCACGUGGAAGCCAUCUGUCAUUGUGCCUGCGUUCAAUAGCUGUACUGUGCGAGAACACUUGUGAGUCCCCACAGUGAUUUCCACUGAUAGUGCUGUUACUGUGACAUAUGUUGGUGUAUACUUUAAAAGCAUAUUGUAUCUUUUCGUCUGCUUCCUGGCACUUACAAAUGGGUUCAGACAUUGUUACCAAAUGGACCCUUCAAAGGAAACUUAAAUGUUAUUGUAAUUUUAUCAGCUAUAUUGUGAUCAGUCAAACUUUGGGUUGGAGAUGGAUUUGUAGCAGUCUAAGCUGCUUCUUACUGUAGAUGUUUUGUAGCAGUAUCUGUGUUUGUAUUUUGUGUGAAAAAUACCUCAUGGUUUUCCCUUUCUUUUCUGGGUAGCGGAGGCAAUGUGGCCAGUGGCUAAAAGUGAGAUUCUAGGCUCUUACUAUCUUGACCCAGACCCCAGCCUGGGCAUGCCAUGUAACUUCACUGUGCCUCAGCUUCCCUUCCUGUGAGAGCAGUGACAGGGGCAUCCUAAAAUUGUCUUGAGGUUGACUUAGAUUGAUAUUUUAAAACACUUAGAACAGUGUCGUACAUAAAAAACUCAACAUUAGAUAUUGUUCUCAUUAAUUUGUAUUUCCUGAAUCACACAGUGAAAAGGUUGGCAACCCACUACGUAUCUCCAGCCUUAUUGCUGUUAGUGCCUUGAUUUGAUUUGGUUGUGUAUCCACCCAUGGUGGCUCAGGAGCAGAUCCUGAGUAGGCAAGGCCAGGGAUUGGUGAACCACGGUCCAUCUGCCAGAUCCACAGCCUGUUUUUUGUAGCCUAUAAGCUGAGAUUAGUUUUAUAUUACUCAAUGAUUGCAAGAAUUAAAUAUUUUGUGACACAUGAAGGUUGUAGGAAACAAAAUUCCAGUGUUAUAAAUGAAGCACUUUGAGAACACUAAUAUAAAUCCGUUUGCUUACACUCUGCCUGUGGCUGCCUUCACACUGUGCUGGCAAAGCUAAUAGAGGCAAAGCUAAUAGAGGCUAAUAGAGCCUAAGAUAUUGGCGACUCAGCACUUUACCACACAGGUUUCUGUUACUCAGCGUUACACAUACUGUAGCUGGUCCUGAGCCCACUCUUACAAAUGUUCCGUUUACCAAACAUGAUGCAUCAGUAUAUGGGUGAAUGAUUUCUGUGCAGUCUAUUUAUUUUGUUCAUUGUAUUUAUAUGUGGAAAAGGCCUAGACUUAGAAGUAUUUUUCCCAAAGAAAUGUGUUUUUUUUUUUUUUACUUACUGAUGGAAUGUAACAAAUAUAUGAAAUAAACUUUGCCUCAGUUAAAUUGA